GCUUGAACAAGCUUCCUGCUUUCUCAAGAGUUCCCUUUGGAUGAUAUUGUGAUAAAAUCUCCCUCCUAAAAUAAUGCCAGCACCUGGUGACCAGCACCGCGUCGGCCUACAAUGUACCACUACGAUGCCAACGCUUUCAGGAGCCAUAAAUGCCAACCCUUUUGAAGAGAAUAAGCCUCGAGUUAACGCCUAUACUGCGCAAGAAAUCGCAACGCUUCAAGCGCGACUCGAUAAGAAACUUGGGCCCGAGUACAUUUCAUCGCGGCCUGGUGCUGGGGGCCAGAAGGUUCACUACCUCUCGGCGGACAAGUGCAUUAACCUCGCGAAUGAGGUUUUCGGAUUCAAUGGCUGGUCUAGCUCGAUUCAGAAUAUUCAAAUCGACUACGUGGAAGAACAUCCCCAGACAGGCAAAAUCGACGUAGGACUGUCCGUUAUUGUCAGGGUCACACUUAAGGAUGGAACAUACCAUGAGGACAUUGGAUAUGGGCAUAUCGAGAACUGCAAGGGCAAAGCUGCUGCUUUUGAAAAGGCUAAGAAAGAAGGAACAACGGAUGCGCUGAAGCGGGCUUUGAGGAACUUUGGUAAUGUUCUAGGCAAUUGUGUCUAUGACAAAGACUUCCUCGCAAAAGUCACAAAAUUGAAGGCUGCGCCUGCUAGGUGGGACGUGGAUGAUCUUCAUCGUCAUCCUGAUUUUGCACCUGUAAAAAAGGAACCAAUUCCUCCGAAAAAGGUUGUUGCAGAUGACGGCCUCCCUCCUCGUCCUACAGAUAUAGGCAGAAGCAGCAGCACUACCCAUACGUCUGUUCCAUUUGAUGGCGACGGAGAAUUUGGUAGCGAUCUCUUCGACGAAGCAGAUUUUGGCGUGACGGGAAACGGAAACCCGGAUGAGGUUGUUCUCGAUACAGAAUCACACAAAAGGCAACAGCCAACACCAAAGAAUAAUCAGCCUGGCCAAAGAAUGAACCAGGAAUACUCGGCUGCCUUCCAAAACAGACAUAGCUCAGCAGUCAUAACACCAUCAAAGCCAGAAAAGUCUUGGCUCCCGCCUAUGAGCAAUCUAUCUCCUGGUGUGCGACCUAAUGUCGCAUCUGUCCAUAACAGGCCUAUGGGACAAGCCAGACCUGGGCCUGGGCCCGCUCCUCACCAGAACCUUCAAAGUGCAAAAUUACCGCCUCAGCCACAGACGAGUCAAGACUCUUGGCAAGGAAGUAAUGCCCAAAGAACAGUUAAGACUGAGCCUGGUCCUCAAAACAACGACAAUAAACCCCGAAGCAAUACACCGCAGGAUAUGCCCCCACCGGCGGGUUCGCCACCUGUUCCUUCGACUGGAUUCUUCUCCGCUCGUGCAGUUGAUAUGUUACGAGAAAAUCCUCAUGCCGCACCGCAAUUCGAUCCCCAUGCAGAAAGCCCAUCAAUCCGCAAGACUGCAGGCUUUGAUCACAGCAAAAGCGUACCGAUAACGAGGCCUAUGCUUUCGGGGGCAUCGCCGGCAUCUAACAAUACUCGCGAUUUCAUCAAUCCAUCUGCAGACGCCAACCGAAGGAUAGGGGUACCAGGCGCUGGGAAUAGCGGAAUCGGCAGCCCGAUGAAUCGUGGUCCAACAACAUCAUCUUAUCGCCCUCUAACACGGCCAAAUAUUGACCCUAAAAAUGGGCCGAGUGGGCCCGCGGUCAACAGAAUGAUGCCGGGGCCACAGAACCCUAAUGGCAAACGACCUCCCCUGAGUGACGUGACAAACGCAGGGUUAGCCAGUGGCAUUAAUGGCAAUCUGCCAGUCUCCGUCUCAAUUGACCCGAAGCGGCCGAGACUUGGGGAUGGAAGCACAGUCCCUGCCCAUCCACAACAGCAGAAACCAGGGCAACCUCAACCUCAACCACUACCCCCACCUAUAUGA